AGGCUGGGAGCAGCCAUCACAGAACUCUACUCAUUCUUGGCAGGAUGGCUUCUCAUCAUCUGCUCCUCCUCUGCCUCGCUGGACUAGUAUUUGCGUCUGAGGCUGGCCAUAUGGGAUACAGCUGUCCUCUGAUGGUCAAAGUUCUAGAUGCGGUCCAAGGCCGUCCUGCCAUCAAUGUGGCUGUGAGUGUGUUCAAAAAGGCUGCUGAUGAGACCUGGGAGCCAUUUGCCUUUGGGAAAACCAGUGAGUCUGGAGAGCUGCAUGGGCUCACAACUGAGGAGAAAUUUGUGAAAGGGAUAUACAAAGUGGAAAUAGACAGCAAAUCUUACUGGCAUAACCUUGGCAUCGCCUCAUUCCAUGAGCACGCAGACGUGGUAUUCGCCGCCAACGAGUCCGGCCCCCGCCACUACAUCGUCGCCGCCCUGCUAAGCCCCUACUCCUACUCCACCACGGCUGUCGUCUCUGAUCCCAGAAACUGAGGAACUUCUCCUCCAGGGGAUCUGAAGGACGAGGGAUGGGAUUUCAUGUUACCAAGAGUAUUCCAUUUUUACUAAAGCAGUGUUUUUACCUCAUAAGCUAUGUUAGAAAUUCAGGCAGAGACAAUAAAACAUUCCUGUGAAAGGCA